GUGGGCAGCCUUGAGUCCGUUUUAUUUCCAGAUCGCCUGUACCCGAAGCGUUCAUCCUCAUUCCCUUUUCGUAUCCGAGUUCCGUAAGCGACAAUCGGUAACCAUCAUGUCGGCCCGCGAGCGCUUCGACUGCCAUUACUGCAAAGAUUCCCUCUUGGGGAAGAAGUACAUCAUGAAAGAGGACACGCAGUACUGCACCAAGUGCUACGAGAGCCUGUUUGCCAACUGCUGCCAGAGCUGCUCCAAGCCCAUUGGCGCCAACUGCAAGGACCUGUCCUACAAAGACCGUCACUGGCACGAGGAAUGCUUCAAGUGCAGCAAGUGCAGCCGCUCUCUGGUGGAGAAGGCCUUCUCCGCCAAGGAUGAUCUGAUGCUGUGCACCGAGUGCUACGCCCAUGACUACUCGUCCAAGUGCGCCACCUGCAAGAAGACGGUCAUGCCAGGUUCCCGCAAAAUGGAGUUCAAGGGCAACAGCUGGCAUGAGACGUGCUUCCUGUGCCACCGCUGCCAGCAACCCAUCGGAACCAAGUCCUUCAUCCCAAAAGACGAUGGAUUCUACUGCGUGGGUUGCUUCGAGAAGCAAUUUGCCUAUCAGUGCUGCGCUUGCAAGAAGUCCAUCAAGACGGGCGGCGUGACGUACCAGGACAAACCGUGGCACCGCGAGUGCUUCCUGUGCAUCGGCUGUAGGAAGCAGCUGUCGGGCCAGCGCUUCACUUCAAGGGAAAACUACCCGUACUGCCUGGAAUGCUUCAGCGAGCUCUACGCCAAGAAGUGCGUGGGAUGCACCAAGCCCAUCACGAGUCUGGCUGGGGCCAAGUACGUCUCGUUCGAGGAGCGUCAGUGGCACAGCGAGUGCUUCGCGUGCGGGCAAUGCUCCAUAUCCCUGGUGGGCCGAGGCUUCCUCAGCCAGCGUGACAACAUCCUGUGCACUGACUGCGGACGCGAGAAGUGAUGCGACAGCUUUGCGCAAUGUCGCAU